AUGAUCGCACACAACACAAUAUUUGUCACACUAUCAGCCAUCAACCCAUUCACAUCGAUUGGCGGUUUGUCGCGUUCCAUCAUCGUCGACGCAAUAGAAUUUUUAUCUCGUCUCGAGGGCCUCAUUGAGGGGUCAUAUGAACCCUCUCGAGAUAGGUUCAACGCCGACGACGAUGGUGACCACACAACACAGGCGGUCAACAUGCGCGUCAGACGGCGAAUCGGCAUUUUAUCCAACGGUUUGCACGAAAUGAUGUCUGACGCAUUCGACAUGUUUGAUCUUGCGGGCGGGAGCGUCGACCAGAUCAACGCGGACGAAUACGACGUUGAGUUUACAUCGGAGAGCACGAUAGAAACCAGGCGAAAUCAGCGACGUGAGGCGUUGUAUACCAGGAUGCAAAACGCUAGACUAAGAUCUCGAAACAUCUGGGCAAUAGUACGGUUAGCUAAGGAAAUCAAGGAGGAGGCGGCAAAGGUGGUUGAUGAGUCCUCAGCAUGGGAUGACGAUAUGGCUGAGGGUCGUGAUGCCUAUGUAUGCGAGCGGAUGAGACGUAUCACAGCCUGUCAGAACAAAGCCAAGAUCGCAGCGGUUAGCAUCCUGAAACAUUGGCCAACACAUUGGCCAGCAAUUGGAGGGACGCAGGUUCAGUGGAUGACGAAGAGAGGGGAAAAGAGGCAGGAGGGUGUGUGGCAGAUUAUCGAUAUGUGCCGCCGCUCAUUGGAGGAGCUGGAGGAGAUCAUCCUCCAUUCAGCGGACUGGUAA